UAGUCUCUGACACUCUGAAACUCUGAAGUUAGAACUCACAACCAUAAAACACUACGAUUAAAACAAACAUGUCAUACAUUAAACUCUAAAUAAUCACAAUAGGAAUAGCGGAAGCUUUUUGUAACAAGAACUGGCCAAUUUAAAUUUCAAGCUUAUCAUAAAGAAUAUGGAUUGUUCUUAAUUUCUUCAAAAGUCCCAAUUAAACCACAGUAAAAUGUUCCGGUCAAGAUUGUGCAGUCUGCUCAAGACUUCUUUUAAAUUUAACAGUAGAAAAUUGUCGUAUAAAAUACUCAAAAUAACCCCAAUCACAUUUUCAGCCUUGACAACUGUAUCUUGUGAUGAUCAAAAACAGGAGGUCACAGAAAUUAGUAAUACAGACAGUUUAGAGCAUGAGUUUUUGAUAAGACAAGCUACUACAGUGAAUGUGAAUGCGGCAACUCAACUUCUAACAGUUACUUUAGUUGCAAUUCAAGACACUAGCGAGAGAUUAAGAGAUGCAUUAACAAAAGAAAUAUGUCUCGUAAAGCAAGCCAUAGAGUGGGGGGAGGAUGGAACACCUGCUCAACAUUGGGAUCAGCUUGUAGCCAUUCGUGGGGCAUUAUGUGAUCUUAAUCAUAAUCUUAGAACAUUAUUUAGUUAUAUGGACUAUGCUGAAAAAUUGGCAACUGUAGCUGCAGAAAUCUCCUAUUUAUCUGGAAACACUGCAGCCUCUGACGCAAUAUGUGAACGGAUUGAUCAUGCUAAUAGGUCUUGCAACAACCAGAAGAAACUGACACAUGACCUGCAACAAGAGUGUUUGGAGUUACAACAGUUAGCAAUAAUAAAUGCUCCUCAUUUAGAAGAACAAUUAAAACCAAAUGAUAAAAAACGAAAUUAAAUAUUAAUUUAGUAAAAGUGGCUAUUGUUAAAAAAAUUAUAAAAUUAGAGAAGAAAUAUGUCAAAACACCUAAUAUAAAAUUCUAUAUGGAGCGAAUAACGCUGUUACGUUAAGUUUACAUUGCUUAAAGAACAUGAUGCUCGAAAAAUAAAUUUUAAAUAUUUUUUCUCAACAAUUAUAGGAUACAAUUUAUUUUGUAAUUGAAUUAUUAUUAUAGUUUUAAUGAGGUAGUCAUUGAUGUUUUAGUGUAAAAAAUACUAUUUAGCUUGUUUGGAUUAUUUUAAAAUAGGAAAUAUAAAUAUAUUACCAGAACA